CGGCCACGCUCGGUGCAGCAAGCGAAGCGCCGGGCCAGCAGGAGCUGCGGACGGGGCGCCCGGCGGUGCUGCAGGCGAGCAACAGUGUCUCCUGGCAAAGACAAUGUUGGCAGCAAACCUGACGGACUCCUGGUUCAGCCGCCUCGACUCGGUGGUGAGGGCUCUGAACCAGACAUUCUACCACACUGAUCCAUGCGCCCAGGAACCAAAACACAGAAAUGAAGAGGACGAGAGCUAUGCCUACAUGUACAUUCUCUUCGUGAUGAUUCUCUUUGCUAUAACAGUUGGGAGUUUGAUCUUGGGAUACACCAGAUCCCGGAAGGAAUUUGAUAAGCAGAGCGACCCGUACCACGUUUAUAUCAAGAACCGAGUGACCAUGAUAUGAGGAGAGGCACCGAGAGAGAGACUACGGCUGCUGUGGAGAUAUAUAGUGGCGCUCUCAGAAAACGGAAUAUCUUCCCUAGAUCUUUCUGGGCUCUUCCUUCAGGAACUGGGAUACCUCUUGGCAGGCUGAACGACAUGGGAGGAGACAAGGGGAAUGUGCCAAUUUUGGGGGGGAAUUAAUUUUUUAAAAAACAGUUUAACGUUGAUCCCCCCCCACACACACACACACACAAUAAAUAGGUUGCUGUUCAGGGAUGGAUCAAGAUAUUUCAGCGCUUGAACGGGGAAAUCCAAAAGACAGUCUCCUCUCAUCGAUCAGUCUGAAUGAGAAGUUCUCUUACUCAAACCCAAUUGGAAAAAAUGGGACAAAGUGAGGACAGGUUCUUGCGCUGGCCCCAUUCCCUUCACUGGGGCUUGAGCAUAUGACUGCAGACUCACGUGUGCUCAUGCACCUCGGGCAAACAAAGCAGCCUGACUUUUACCUUCCACAAUAUAUGAAAAAUGGUCAACCAUAGAUGCAGGGCCAAGAUCAACAGAUGACUUGUACAUCCCAACAACAACAACAACAACAUUCGAUUUAUAUACGCCCACUCAGAGCGGUUUACAAACUAUGUCAUUAUUAUCCCCACAACAAUAAUCACCCUGUGAGGUGGGUGAGGUUGAGAGAGCUCCGAGAAGCUGUGACUGGCCCAAGGUCACCCAAAUGGCUUCAAGCGAAGGAGUGGGGAAUAGGGAUGUGCGUUUCGGCAUUCAGAAUGCCGAAAGAAUGCCGAAACAAAAGUGUUUUUGCCAGGAAUUGUGUUUUUGUGAUUCUCUGAUGUUAAGUGAGUUGUGUUAUUUUUGUGUAAGAUAGUGCUGCCAUGCCCUUUGGUGUUCCCCCCUGCUGUGUAACCUAAAGCUGUUCAAGAAAUAAAGUGUUUUUGACAGGAAUUGUGUUUUGUGAUUCUCUGAUGUUAAGUGAGUUGUGUUAUUUUUGUGUAAGAUAGUGCUGCCAUGCCCUUUCGUGUUCCCCCCUGCUGUGUAAC